CUCACCGUUAUGCAGUCGUUCGUUUUGUUCGUCGUGGCUUUGUUAGCCGUCGCCAGGGCGGAAGUAGAGUACUGUCCAUCUCCCUUCGUCACAAUUGGCAAUGGCUGUUACAUGGUAUCGGAUUCGCCAGCCACAUGGGAGAAUGCGCGGAACGCCUGCCUCUCCAGCCCGAUCGAGCUCGAGACGGACCUGGCGAUGAUCAGCGACUGCGAGGAGCACCACCACUUUUGGAAUUACGUCGCCUACACUCUUCAGCAGAAGGUGGACUACUGGAUGGGCGGCUACGACGUCCUCGAGGAAGGCAAAUGGAAGUGGCUGAACGGGCGUGAGAUGCCCAUGGGCGUGCCCUUCUGGUACCCCGGCGAGCCGAGCGGCCACCCGGGCGAGGACUUCCUGGCAUUCACGAAGGAGGGAUUCUUUGCCGACCAAAAUGAGAACGCCCUCCUGUACUACGCCUGCCAGGUGGUGGAUCUCGGGACCGACUAGGCGGCGCGGCGGAUUUGCGUCGCGAAGGGAAAAGUAAAGAAAAACGAAAGUCAAGACGCACAAGAGAGAGAUUUCUGGAGAAAAAGGACCUUAUGAUUUUCAUCUAUAUUUUUCAGGAUAUGUCUACAGCAGCACCACAAGAAUGCAAUACAUAUAUAUAUAUAUAAUAUAUAUAUAUAUAUAUAUAUAUAUAUAUAUAUAUAUAUAUAUAUAUAUAUAUAUAUAUAUAUAUAUAUAUAUAUAUAUAUAUACUUUUCGUACGUAGUCAAACUUGCCGACUUUUCCUUAAUUAAAGUACAGACAUGUACUCAAAUCUCAGUCUCACUCCAUAUUUUGCGUUUCAUUUCAUCCGCUGAUUGAAGUAAGAAAAAACAGGUUCUGUCAACAUCAAUAACUAAAUGUUUGUAUUGGUUAGGAUACAUGUAGCUCACUUUCUUCUCAGUUAAAUUAGAGAAAAUGUCUAUUUUGUUAACUAAUUAGCUCCUUGUUUCGCUGUUACUAUUUUUCCCGCUACUCUUGAAGAAGAAGAAGAAGAAGACGAAGAAGAAGAAGAAGAAGAAGAAGAAGAAGAAGAAGAAGAAGAAGAAGAAGAAG